AUGGAUUCAGAUAACCAUGUUCCCAUUUCACCACAUUUUACACGACAUAUAUUGGUAAAUUUAACAUUUUGUUUAACUAUAUUUGGUAUUUGUGGUAAUAUUAUAUCAAUUAUUAUUUUUUAUUCACCAAAAUUCCGUCGACAAAGUUCACAUUUAUAUUUAUCAACAUUAGCAAUAUCAGAUAUAUGUUUUUUAAUAAAUAAUUUAUUUGAAGAUACAUUUCGUAAUUAUGAUACUUUAUAUAAUUUACAUAUGGAUUUUCUUGAAAAUUCAUCAACAUUUGUAUGUAUUAUCGUUCAAUAUAUAAGAAAUAUUAGUCGAUUAACAUCAUCUUGGAUUCUUGUCUCAUUUACAAUUGAACGUUUAGUAGUUAUUUAUUAUCCAUUACAUCGAAAAUCUAUAUGUAGACGAAAAACGGCAAGAUAUAUACUUUUAAUUAUAUUUAUUAUAUCUAUUAUUUUAAACGUCAAUGUACCCUUCCAUUAUGGAUUAUUAUAUCCGGCGGCUAUAUGUGAUGUAUUACCAAAAUAUCGCUCAAUUUAUAUGCAUUUUGUUAUUGUGACAAUGAUAAGUGUUUAUUUAAUUCCAAUGUUCAUUAUUGGUAUUGGUAAUAUGCUUAUUAUGCACAAAAUUACUUUGAGAUCAAUGCACAAACAACUAGAAAGAAAUUCUAUCGAUUCACAUGUACAUGCACGAUUAUCAAUUCCUUCAGAUGGAUCAAUUAAUCCAGUUCAACAUAAUCAACAUGAUGGAUAUGAUCAAUUAUCCUUAGUCAUAUUACCAUUUCAAAAUAAUGAUAAAAAGGCAUUGACAAAACAGGUUUUUUGCUAUUACUAUUCUCAUUUGAGUUUGGUGCAGGAGGCUGAUGUUUUGGAUCCAAUUGAAAGAAAAGAAACUGAUUUUUCACAUGUAUUUUGGCAUACAAAGACACAACGACAGUAUAAUAUUCAAUUAAAGGGCGGUACACGACGUCGAAUAACGGUUACAUUAUUACUCGUUUCAUGUUCAUUUCUCGUACUCAAUACACCCUAUUGUAUAUUAUGGUUAUUAAAUUAUAUCAAUCGAUUUCAAAAUGAAGAUUUAAAACUGGUUAAACAAUCAACUGAAUUGUUAAUGCUGAGCAAUUUUUGUGUAAAUUUUUUUCUAUAUUGUUUGAGCGGUAAAUUAUUUCGUCUACAGUUAAAGUAUUUGUUCAAUCGUCUAUAUUCCAAUGAUAAACAAAACAAUUCGAUCAUGAAUCCAAAUGACAACCAUUAA